AUGCAGCAUGAGAUGCUUUCAAUCCGCUCUGAUGAUGAACCCAUUUUCGCUUUCUACCGUUAUAACCCCAGCAUGGGUGGUGCUAUCCUGUUUACCCUUCUUUUCAUGGGCACCACAUUCUACCAUAUAUUCCAGUUGAUCAAAACUCGGACUUGGUUUUUUAUUCCAUUUGUGAUCGGUGGUCUUUUUGAGAUUGUGGGAUAUAUCGGCCGCGCCGCGUCAAGCAAGCAGAGUCCGAACUGGACUCUUGGGCCAUAUAUAGUACAGACGCUUUGCCUGCUUCUAGCACCUGCUCUCUUAGCAGCGUCAAUAUACAUGCUUCUCGGGCGAAUCAUUCUAGUGUUGCAAGCAGAGUCGCACGCGGUUCUUAAGAAGAAGUGGCUCACUAAGGUUUUCGUCACUGGCGAUGUGAUGUCGUUCUUACUGCAAGGUGCUGGUGGAGGCAUUCAGAGCAGCGGAAGUCUUGACGGCAUGAAGUCUGGAGAGCACAUUAUCAUUGCCGGCCUUUUUGUCCAGAUCAUAUUCUUUGGAUUCUUUAUUGUUGUCGCUGUUCUAUUUGACUUCAAGUUACGCAAAUAUCCUAUUCCAAGGUGUUUUGCUGGCGAGGUUCCAUGGAGAAAGCAUCUUACCAUUCUCUACGCGACUAGCUUCUUGAUUCUUGUGCGCUCGGCCUUUCGACUUGUGGAAUACAUCCAAGGCAACCAGGGAUAUCUUUUGCAUCAUGAAGUCUACUUAUAUGUGUUUGACUCACUGCUCAUCUUCAUUGCGAUGAUUAUUUUCAAUGUCGCUCACCCCCACGAAAUUACACGCCACUUGAAAGCUGUUCCAGAUUAUGAGUUGACUCACAACCCGAGAGAACAAACCGUCAAGCCAGAUGGAGCUUAUAACGGCACUUGA